CGUCGCUAAUGGAUGAAUGAGCCAAGGCCAACAUGCAUGUUCCUUUCCCAUGGGAACUCGGAGCGUGGGUAACAUCGACGAAAAGCCAAUGGCAUGGUAACAACUGUAUAUACCCGUAACCUACAAUAAGAUAACAAACAACCCGAGCACAACCACUGGUCUAGCUAUCAUUGGCUACGAGUUCGUCUAGGCUACCGAUACCGAGGAACUAAUAGCUACGAGGACACAUAUACAUCGCCACGAACAACACGUACGUCGAAACGAUUACGCACCACGAACCAUGGCAUCCUCUGCACCGUCUGCGUCGGAAUCCAUCACGGCUGCUGUAGCCCAAUUACGAAUGGAUGAUGCAGCCAUUGCCGUCAGCAGUGGUCGGCCGCAGCCCAUUACCAGUUCGCCUCAGAUUGUCGAAAACACGUUGAAAGAAUUCUACGAGUACCUACAAUUCCUAAAGGACAGACUGCAAAGACAUCAACAACGAGAGCUGAAACGAAAUCACAAUCAGGUACGGAGCAUUGCUAGCAAUAGCAGUAGCAGUAGCGACGAAGAUUCGGACAGCGAGGACGACGGCGACCUUAACAAUCCCAAGAAGGGUCGUCACGACCACGACAAUGAUCCGACCAUUACGACGACCCGAGAAGAGCAGGCGUCAUUGUUCAAUUAUUGGAACAAGAAGAAGAAAAAGAAGAAACCAAAGAAAAAGAAAGCAUCCAAUCAUCAAUCCGACGGUGAAGGGCAGAUCGGAGAUGCUCGAGAUGACGGCGAGGACACGGGAAAACACGAACAGCAACAAGGCGACAGCGACGACAAUGAUGGAAGAGAUAACAAUGACACGUCGUCUCAGGUUUCGUCGUCUUCCACCGGAUCCGUGUGGACAUUUGACAGAGAUACGGUGCGGUAUCUGCAGCACCUCGCGUACUUCAAAGACAAGAUUCUGGAACAGAUUGAUAGAUUCCCACUGCACAGCCAAGCCGGAAGGGAAAUUUUGGAAGCCAUUCAGUCGGCAGCAUCACGUGGGAGUGCGCAACACUUGGGGAAUCCGUCAGAUGUACUACGGCAUGUACGACAAAUGGCACUAUACGUAUCCCGCCUCCUGCAAGAAAUCCAACUCGUCGAUCUAGACUUGCUGAUACGAUACAUGGCGCAAAAUCAACACGCUGGCAAUCUUAUGGCUGGAAAGGAUGUUUUGCUGCUAUGUGGCGCGGCACGGGCUGGAAAGACUACCACGCUGCACUUCUUGGCAGGGUCGACCUUGCAGGAAGUUGAAAUCGAUGGCUUCUUUCAUAUACAACCAACUGCUGUCAAGGACGAAUCCUUGGCCAACUAUGCCACGGCUAGUACCAUUGCUGCACACGCGGUCGCCAACAACACUGGAACAACCAACGCUCUUGGAAUGCUCAGUACAGAUAGAGAACCCGUCACAAAUCACUUGCAAACAGCUCAAGUCAAACUGCCAAAGACCAAACAAACUGUCAUUAUCUGUGAUACGCCUGGGUUGGGACCUCAUGACGAUGGCUUGUCCAGUCAAUCCGUGGAAUGGGAUAUUGCCAACGGACUAGGGAUGAUUCGGGCCAUUCAUCGGGCCAAGACUGUUAAACCCAUUUGGGUCAUCAACCGAGAUGAAGUCAGCUUUCGAGAACGAUUCACGAGUUCGGCAUUGGAUGGGGAAACCGUGGCGGCCAUGAAACGACUCAUGAGCAAGUCACCAGAACCGCUAGACUUGGGGCCCUUCAACUAUCUCUUCACCAAGUAUGAAGCCAAACAUCGGGAGGUACUGUGUCGUCAGUUUGCCGUCAUGCGCAAGAACUAUAGCAGCAAUCACUAUAGUACCGCCUCAAACCCAAAUAACGCCAAUCAUCAACAAGACAACACCAACAACAGCAACCAUCCAUCAGAUCUUCUGCUGCAUCCCAUUAGCUAUCAGGAAGUCAAUCAAAAAAUGAACAAUUACAGCACUGGCAGCAACAACAACCUGAGCAGCUUUCAACACAACAGCAGUCUUACCAGCUCCAACGUUGACGAUCACACCUUCGCUACAGGAGGCUCCGCUGCAAACACCGCAACCUCAGUCACCACUCAAAAUCAAGGCAAAAACAGACGGUGGAUGAAAAAAGUGUUGGAGGACAUUACGAAAAAGACAACACCGAGGGCUCAUGUCGUAUUGCCAUUGGAAGACGAUCCUGCAGCCUUUCUCCAGCAGCUUUGGGACGAUUGUGCCACCGUCAGUGACCCCAAAAGAUUCUUUGUCCCAUUUGUAACGUACCCGGCACUAAAGAAGCUGCAGUUGCAGCUACGCAUUACACUGAGCGAUUUGCGCACGAGUCUCGUCGAGGAAGAUCAAACAACUGCUGUGUAUCGAUUGCGACAAUUGCAGUCUUUGGCACAGGUGCUUCCGGAGGCUACCGAUUGCGCUAAUCUUGGGGUGGAAGCAGUCAAGAAACACAUGCUGGGACUACGAUCGCGAGUGCUGGCUUCGAUUGAACGCAGGGACUACAGCAUGGCCAUUCAUCGGGCGCAGCAGCUGGUGACAUUGUCGGUUGUUCUUCCUGAAGCCAAGACUUAUGGGACCAUCACUCACGAUGCUGUGGUGCUGUUGCGAGACCUCAUUUCGGCACUGCAAGCAACGGACUACAAAACUUGCCAGGAUCGAAUGACGAAGCUCAGCGAAUUGGCGCGUGAGUUUCCCGAGGCCAACAAGUGCGCUCAUUUCGCAUUACAAGCCUCUAUAUCGCACGUGUCAGAGUUCCGAGACCGAGUCAUCAAACUGAUUGACACUCUGUUGGAUAAGGAAUCGACCGACCCGGGGAAGGAGGGAACGAAGAAAUUCACUUCAAUGCUGGAAACUCUCAACACAGAGCUGGCUAAUGUGGUCUCGUCAGAACCUCUCCUGCUCUUGUGUGUCAAGGAAGACUACAUUGGUUUGGACAUGAAAGAGGAACGUGCCAUGAAGGAUCUCGCACGAUGUACCAGCGAAGCAUUCUGCAUCGAUCAAGUGGCACGCCUCACCGAUAAUCUCCGACGCGACAUUCCCAACUUUCAAUCCAGCACGCUCAAUCGCGACGAACUACUGAAGCGACGAGAAUUUGUGUUGACAGCGCUGGAACGCCUCAAGAUUUGCAGCGUCCAUUUGAACAAGAGUCCUGCCGGGGCAAGAGCCGAUUCCAUUUAUCAUCAGGCUUUCAAGUCCUUUCAUGAUCUGGUGUCAUCAAUACUCGCAGAAGCCGAACAAAAGUACAAGUCAACUUGGACCGACCUGGAUGUGUUUGGGCGCAAGGUAUGGUUUGUGGCUGUUCUUCUGCAGGGACCACUCAAGAACAAGCCGCACACAGCUCGAAGAGAGCACUCCAAGAUUGAAGACUUGGAACGACGGGUUCUAAAGGUCAUGCUUCGUCUUGAGAUUGAAGUGAAGCGAUCGAUGGACCGACUCAAGAACUUCAAGUUUCCCGACUGCGGCACCAAGGCGUUCCUGAAACAUACUCCCAUUCCCGACUUUGGAGUAUCAGAACUCAAAGCGCCCCGUUUCUUAUUGAUAUCUGUAUCCAAGAACGCCCGUAUCCGCAAGCUGUUGCCUAGCAAGUUGGAUGUUCUGGAACUGAACGUGUGCAUUGCCAUGUUCGACCAUGCGCUGCUCGCCUUUUGGCGCAAGGUAGUGAUCCGUUUGGAGCAAGACUACGCCGUGGUAGUAGCCAUGCAAAAGACCCAGAAAGAUCCUCAGGAAAUCCUGGAAGCAGCAAAACAACUCCGGACGGACGUUGGUCGCGUGGAGAAGGAGUUUUUGGGCGUUUGCGGUUGGUCAGACGAUAUUACGACUGAAUCCGAGGCUGACUUGAAGCGUCUCAUUGCCGUUCGAGACUGCGUGCAUAUGGGAGUGAGGAAGAUGGAGGAGAUGGCCAAGACCAAAGGACGAGGAUUGGGUUUCUUUGCGUGUGGGAACCUGAACACUGUGGACAGCAGCGGUGGUGGUGCCACUUCGACCGACUACCUGUGCCGGCCCAAAGUCCCGGACGGCACCACCCCCAACGAAGAAGGCAACAACAAGGACAGCUCCAACAUCUUGUGCCAACCCAAGGCAGCACCAGAGUGAGCUAAAGAUGGGCGUUCCUCAUACCCCGGUAUCUUUGCUUCUGAGCUAAAUAGAGUGCUCGAGCUAGCGGAUCCAAAGCAAGCAAGUCUCGCAACACACUAUCGAGAUGGCGUACUACUAGCGUGUGCACCAAGCAAAAGUCAAGAGCAUCAAGUCAAGUCAAGUCAAGUCAAGUCAAACAGUUACUGUAUGCAUAGAUCCAUCAACCAAUGAAUGAAUCUGGGUUGUUACAUAGCUAUUCUAGCUAGAGCAAGAGCAGUUGGUACCGGUAGCAUCAGGGUCAAAAUAAUUGCAGUGGGGACGUAAUGCGAUAUUCUCGGGGCCAUAGUGGAUAAAGUACCAGCACCUAUGAGCUCUACAUGCCGGUAACUACUAGCUAGCUAGCUAGUGGGCUACUCGUACUUAAUAAAAAAAAAACUCGCUUUAUGCAUGCCGUACGGUAGAUAUUGGUAUAAACGCAGCCUGUCAGGCCUCACUUCCGCAUACUAUUAAUAGUGCUCUUUAGAACUUUAGAAGGACAGUCAUGAUGAAAAGAAGCCCCGGUGUAUCUUGUUUAUGCACAAAGCACAAAGUGGCAACGUAACAAAGCCUCCAAGCC